UAUAAGUAAGCAGCGCAUUGCGCGCCGUGACAGAAGACAACAACACUGACAAAAAACUGCUCUCGUCUUUCCCCACGGAUGACAACAUUUGGUGACAGGAGGCAACGCUGCCCGGGUGCCGAAGGAGAGAUAUCGCAACAGAUCCAAAUUAUUUUAAUAAAGUCCCUGGAUUUUUUUCUCUCCUGAAUUUCUUCCUUGUUGUCCGCUGCGAUUUACAAUGACAGCAACUGAUAUGGAAUCUCUGCAGUCGCGCUCCGGCACCGGGAGCCGGCAGGUGCAGACGUGUCUGCUGGUGUCGGUGAUGACGCUGUUCGCGCUGCUGGUCGGCGGGACCGUUACCACUGCCGUCCUCAUCAGGCACAUACAGACCGAGCUGGCUGCGAUCAGGGCUACCGGAGCAGCGGAGGACCCGUCGCGCCCUGCGCCGCACCACAGCUCUGAAUACAAGAUGCUGAAUUUCGCCUACCUGCACGCCAGCUCAGACAGCCUGGAGAACGCCACCAUGCAGUUCAGCUCGCACCAGUCUGUGGGGAGCGGCUUCAGCUACAGUGCCAUGCAGCACACUCUGCAUCCCCGGGGCGGGGGCAGCUUCCUGCUGUACAUGGACCUGGUGUACAUCCCCGAUCCGGCCCGAAACCUCGGCUCCGCCACCGUGACAGUGCGCGUCUCCAGCCAGGACAGCGCCGGCCUGGAGUGCCGGGCGCAGCUUCACGCUGGAGACAGCCAGGUGCGAGCCCACAAGUGCUGGAGGGUGAUGCAGCUGGACCCGGGGCGCCGCCUGGUGGCCAACAUGGAGGUGCAGGGGGAGGCUGGCGGCUGGCGGCUGGACACGCGCCACAGCGGACUGGGGAUAUUCCUGGUGGAUGGGUCGCGGCAGUGACGCCCACAGGGACUCCGCCCCGCUGACUCCGCCCCGCUGACUGCACAGACAGCAGCUGCACACUGAUUCAUGGGAAAUGAGCAGGAUUCAGGCUACCUGUGCUCAGCUGCCAGUACACGCAUCUCUCCUAUGGGGGGCGCUGUUGCAUACAGUGCAAUAACACAACAACAGGUCCUCCAUGGACAAGAGGGUGCCACUGGACACUCUGUCAGCAAGAGAAGGGCUGGAUUCCUCUGCAAGUGCUCAGUACUGAUCUCACCUUGUUUGUAUUUAUUUAUUUAUUUAUUUGGUUGAUUUAAAUACACAUAUUUAUAUUGCUUCUGGAUAUUUACACAAAUACUAUGCGUAUAUUGAAGUGUUUGUUAAAAGGGUGUGUAUAUAUAUAUAUAUUUUUGUAUUCAUUUUGUAAUUUGAAUUUGUGUAUCCAUGUAGACAGAGCACUACCAUAGUAUUUUGCAUUGAGACUCUAAACCUGGACUCUGGUCAGCACCGUUCAGCUCCACCGUCACAAUGACAGUGGCAGUUUUCUCCCUUCAAGACCAUUGUGUGUUGUUACAAAUCAAUAGCUGUAAAUCAACAAGAGCAGCUGAUUGUUCUGGUGAACAACAUCAUCAGGUUGUCCCUUGCGAUUUCAAACAGACACCAGAAAUCAUUGUUCAUAAGUUCAGGUUUCUCACGGGGAUUAUCAUUAGUGGGAAUGGACACUUUAUGAGGCUUUUUGGUCAUGUCUGAGAGAAUGUUUUUUAGUUGUGUGUGACACAUUGUAGUGCAGUGUGAAGUAAAGCUCUUGUAUAGAUUUGAAUGAGGCAAUUCUUUUCUGAUGAAUGAGUUACUAUCAUUGUCUAUGAAGUUAAGUGGCUGUGUAUGAUGUUAAUUGUUUGUGUAUGACUUUCUGUAGCUGUGUAUGGUGUUUUUUUGUUUGUUUGUGUAAGCGGGUCAUUGUUUGUUUUAUCUGUUACUUUAUUAGCCGGUACUUUGUUUAUCUGGUAGCUUACUGGCUGCUGCUACUUCGGGAUCGCUAAGUGCCUCUGAACCUGGUAUGAUCACCCUAAUCUCCUGGAAGGUAAAAGCAUCGGAGAGAAGACCUGUGGGAAAGCUCAGCUUCGACAAAGGCGGCUCCCAGUGUGUGCAAACCAGCUACAUGCACAACAGCGCCAUCUGUUGGAUCUCAGCAGUCAAAGCAAAAGAGUACCAGCAUGAAUUUGUUUCCGGCCCUUCGUGUUUUUUCUUUGACAACUCACAUUGUUGUACAAAAAAUAGGAAGCUAUAUUUUUUUCUUCUCUCUAUGCCAAGAAUGUAUGAAACUCAUCAGUUACAUGCAAACUACAGAUGCAGAACUGAGUAAUAAAAUUGU